ACAGUCAGCUAUGACUUAUGCAGGAGCAGCAGCAGCUGGUGCUUUGGUCAUCUUUCUUCUUUCUGUACUGGGUGGACGCUUCGUCUCCUCAUCACAAAUACCAUGGCCAGUCACAGACCUCCACGUCCAAGUGAACUCACCAUCCAGUUGCCGCUACUAUAGCUGCACAUGGGCAGAUCUGAAAUGUGCCCGGGAUGAUAAUCUACACUACACUCCAACCUAUGUCUGGUACAAGAAUGGAGAAGUAGUUCCAGAUGUAACAUCUUCUAUUUAUUCAGAGUACUUUUAUCCAGAAGACAGCUAUUCCUGUGCUGCAGUGGGACAUGAGUAUCGCCCAUCUCCUCCAGUGUGUGUAGCUGGAAGUUCUUGCAACCGAGUGAUUUACAGCUCUCGAAGUCUCUGUGCUACAGUUGGCUCAACUGUGGACAUUUCAUGCACCUACAGAAGUUACGACGAUGAUAUUCAGUCAAAAUUCUGGUUCAUUCCUGACCGCAACUAUUAUUCACAGCCUGGGGACCUGACAAAUGACUACGACUAUGCAGGUCGUGCUCAGGUCUUUGACUCAACGAACAGAGGUUCCACUCUGAGAAUCACCAACCUGGUAACUGGGGAUUCGAACGAGUAUCGUUUCAAAUUCAAAACAGCAUCAUUUGAGUGGAAGAGUGUUUCACCUGGCACAAGACUUCGGGUCACAGACCUCCAGGUGCAGGUAACCAGCAAAACAGUUACACAUUCGUAUGCCGAAGCAAAGCUCAAGUGUAUUAACAACUGCUAUCGGCCGACUAUCGUCUGGUUCAAGAAUGGUCAAAAAAUUAAAGUGGGAUCUUCUACUUAUUCAGCAUAUUUUUAUCCCGGAGAUGUUAUCACUUGUGCUGUGAAGGGACAUGAGUCUCACCGUUCUCCAUCUGUGUAUACUCCAAAUGUUCCCUCAGUGUGGGUGAGGCCGUCUCGUGAAGUCACAGAGGGCACUUCAUUGACUCUGAGCUGCAGUAGUGGUGCUAACCCGACAGCUACAUACUCCUGGUACAGGAAUAAUGUAAAUCAGUACAAUGCAUUUCUCCGUAGUGGAUCACAGCUUGAGCUGUGGUCUAUUCAGCCCUCUCAGUCUGGACAUUAUUACUGUAUUGCUGAGAAUGCACUGGGGAGGAGGACAUCUGAAUCCAUAUUUAUCAACGUGAAAUAUGCUCCAAAGACUUCCUCUGUGUCCAUGAACCCCACUGGUGAGAUAGUGGAGGGCUGUUCAGUGACCCUGACCUGUAAUAGUGAUGCAAACCCAGCACCAACAUAUACUUGGUACAAGGAGGACAGGCAACUCCUGCAGGGAUCUGGCAGUUAUCGUUUCACCUCCAUUACAGCAGAAAACAGAGGGGCCUACUACUGCAAGUCUGAGAAUCAGUAUGGAAGAAGAAUGUCCUCAUCUCUGUUUGUAGAUGUUAAGUAUGCUCCAAAGCUUCCAUUUGUAUCAAUUAAUUCCUCUGGUGAGAUAAUGGAGGGUAGUUCAGUGACUCUGAACUGCAUCAGUGAUGCAAACCCAGCAGCUAACUACACCUGGUACAAGGAGAACCAAACACUGAUCAAUGGAUCAGAAGGAAUUUAUCACUUUACCUCCAUCAGCUCUGAGGACAGAGGGAUCUACUACUGCAAGUCUGGGAACCAAUAUGGAAAAAUCAUGUCUUCACCUCUAUUCAUAGAUGUCCAGUAUCCCCCAAGGCUCCCCUCUGUGUCACUGAAUCCAUUUGGUAAGAUAGUGGAAGGUAGUUCAGUGUCUCUGAACUGUAGCAGUGAUGCUAACCCAGCAGCCAAUUACACCUGGUACAAGGAAAACCAAACACUGAUUAAUGGAUCAAAAGAUGCUCGAAAGCUUCCCUUUGCAUCAGUGAAUUCCUCUGAUGAGAUAAUGGAGGGUAGAUCAAUGGCUCUGAACUGUAGUAGUGAUGCUAACCCAGCAGCUAACUAUACCUGGUACAAGAAGAACCAAACACUGAUUAAUGGAUCAAAAGAUGCUCCAAAGCUCCCCUUUGCGUCAAUGAAUUCCUCUUAUGAGAUAAUGGAGGGUAGUUCAGUGACUCUGAGCUGUAGCAGUGAUGCUAACCCAGCAGCUAACUACACCUGGUACAAGGAGAACCAAACACUGAUCAAUGGAUCAGAAGGAAUUUAUCAUUUCACUCCCAUCAGGUCUGAAGACAGAGGGAUCUACUACUGCAAGUCUGAGAACCAAUAUGGACGAAUCAUGUCUUCACCUCUAUUCAUAAAUGUACAAUAUCCUCCAAAGCCUCAGUUUGCAUCAGUGAAUUCCUCUGGUGAGAUAGUGGAGGGUAGUUCAGUGACUCUGAACUGUAGCAGUGAUGCUAACCCAGCAGCUAACUAUAUUCUGGACUUUGACCGCAGCGUCUUUCAGUUCUUGUUUGUUUCAGGGGGUUUCUCCACUUCAGUCUCCUAUUCAGGGGGUGGAAUGCAUGGUCAGUUGGGUUAA